AAAAGAGCAAAAUGCGGUGACGUCACGGAGCAAUGGCGGCGGCCGCAAAGGCGGCGUCGGAACGCUGGCAGACCGCGGCUCCGCGGAGGCGCUCGGCUGCGCGGCAGCCGCGGCGGAAGGAGGUGGCAGCGGGAGGCCGUGAGACCGAUCUCGAGGCGAACACUAAAAUCGUGCUUCGUCGCCUCCAAGAGGCCGAGAAUGAUCUGCUUAUCUCUGCUUUCUGGAGCUCAGCACUAGAAACUGUCAGCCGAUGCCUCACAGAGCUGCUGGGACAGCAGAAGCCUCCUGGGAGGACUCUACCAGAAGCCUUUGGAAGCCUGCACCUUGACUCACCACUAGGUGAGCCUGAUGUGUCCCAUGCCUCCAGCUCUGGAGAGACCCUGGCCCCAAAAACCUGCCACAUGAAGUGUGUGUGUUACGGCAUUGGGAACUUUGCCACCUGCAUCACAGCUAGGAUCCAGCUAGCAUUUCUGCUUCUCUUCCUGGACAAGUGCCAGACUCCUAGAAGUCACUGCUGGGUCUAUGACCCUUUGUUCAGCCCCCUGGAAAUCGCAGUUCUUAACACCCUUGGUGUGACAGUUCUCAGGGAGAAUGAGGAAGGCAAGCGGAGUGUUCGUGGGGAACUCACCGUCUUCUAUAUGCUCCACUGUGGGACAGCCUUGUACAACAAUCUUCUGUGGAGUAACUGGUCAGUAGAUGCGCUGUCCAGGAUGGUCAUUAUUGGGAACAGUUUCAAAGGCCUUGAGGAAAGGUUGUUGACAAGGAUUCUGCAGAAAAAUUAUCCCUACAUUGCAAAGAUUCUGGAAGGACUGGAGGAGGUGGAGUUUCCUCAGACCCCAGAGUACAUGGACACAUUUAACGACACUUCUGUUCACUGGUUCCCUACACAAAAGCUGAAGCGGGUACCCAGGGAUCUGUGGACAUUUCGGGAAGAACCUGAUUACGAGGGCUGUGAGGACCUUGAGAUCAUCAGGAAGACAGCAGACCCUCCCACUGUGAGCCCGCCAUGAGGUGCUCAGCACUGCCUACAUGGAAGCUGCUGUCGGCGAGAUGGGAAGGCUGCUGGGGAGGGAUGCAGAGAAACCUUUUCUUUCAGUGGGCCAGAUGUCAAAGGUGAGAACUGGAAAUACAGCAAGGUGGCUGUCCCGUUUUAAGGACAACAUGAUGGGUACAAACUCAGUAUAAACAUGUAUGAGCUUCUAAAAUAGCAUUUUUAUAUCCCUUCCUGGUGGUAUGGGUUGAUGUAGAGUAUCGCCAUGUUAGUGUGUGAUGCUGGCGCUUGUGCGUGCUGGGCAAGUGCUCUACCACUCCUGGAGAGGUGACUGGAUUGUGGGACACUAGACUCCUGAGCGCACUGCCACUGAUACAUGAGCUGCAUGGGCUGUUAGGAUAGGGGCCCAGCUGGAGGUGGUCCCUGGGGCUGUACCAUUAGAGGGACAGUCUCUCAGGCACUCUUCCCCUAUGCUCUUGCUUCCUGGCUGUCAUGCGAUGAGCAGCUCUACCCCGCCACAGCCUCUGCCAUGUCCCUGUCCUGCAGCCAGCCCACCAUGGGUUUGUGAGACUUGGGGCCAAAUAAAGCUAUCUUCCUUUAA